UGGGAGAGUGACGUCACUUUCCUAAACCGGGCAACAGAGCCGUUGAGUUGAGUCCCGAGCGAGAGACAGGCAGGAGUCCGUGAACAACUUUUAAUGUACGCGGGCCGUGUCGGGGCACACAGUUUUCUCCUCCUUUAUGCAUCCUCCUCCUGUUCGGCUUAGCUUAGGUUCGCUGUUUUGUCACCGGUCCGGUAGCGAAUCUGUUUUUGGCACAAAAAAGCGGUUGUGUGUUAAUUUCUUUCAUGUGUCCAGUCCUCCUGCGACCUCAACACAUAACUGGCCUUGACUAAGUGAUUGAGUGAGUUACUGCAUGGAUCUGACUGAACAUGAAGAGCCUUAAAGCAAAGUUUAGAAAAACCGAUGUCAAUGAGUGGAACAAAAACGAUGAGCGCCUGCUUGCCGCAGUGGAGCAUGGCGAGGUGGAAAAGGUGGCCUCGCUUCUCGCCAAAAAAGGUGCCAGCGCUGUAAAACUGGACACUGAGGGCAAAUCAGCUCUUCAUGUGGCAGCUGCACGUGGACAGACAGACUGCCUGUCAGUCAUCUUGGCCCAUGGAGCGGACCUGUCAUUCACUGAUGCUGCAGGUUUCAAUCCGUUACAUCUGGCUGCCAAAAACAAUCACAUUGAAUGCUGCAAAAAACUCAUUCAGAGUAAAUGUCCUAUAGAUGCCGUAGACGGCUCAGGAAAGGCUGCUCUCCAUCACGCUGCUGCCAGUGGGAACAUCCAGACCAUUCAUCUGCUGUGUGAACUCAAAAGUUCCAUCAACCUAAAGGAUGCAGACGGACUGACCCCUUUGCUGUUGUCAGCCAAACACGCUCAUGCUGAGGUGUGCAGCACUUUGCUGGACUGUGGUGCUGAAAUCAACACUUCUGACAACAGCGGCAGGACAGCCUUGAUGCUGGCCAGCGAGUCUAACGCCGUUUCUGUUGUUGAAGUUUUGGUUCAGCGAGGAGCUGAUCUGUCAGCUGUAGAUUCACAAGGCCAUGAUGUUGUACACUACAUCAAUCUGUCGGGCAACUCAGAGCUCAGAACUGCUCUCACUGCUGCACUGAACAGACAACAGGUCUCAGAUACAAAGUCUCCUACAAGUCCUCAGCAUGAUCAAGUAGCUAAACUAAGUGAUGAACGGAUCACAACUCCCAAAAAACGAAAAGCACCUCCACCUCCUAUUAGCCCACUGCAGAGCUCUGGACCCUCCUCUCCUUCAGUCCUUACCUCUGCUGGGACCCCAGGAUCCAACAAAAGUGACACUCCCAAAAGAUUCAACUACAAGGAGGAUGAGCUGUUUAGAGGAACGACAUUAAGAGAGGAGGUCGAGAAGCUCCAUGAGGAGAGAAACAUGUUGCUGGAGACAAUCGAAGACCUGAAGCAGUCGGUGGAGCAGACGGCGACUGGUCCCGCACUGGAUACAAAGGUCGAGCACAGUUUAACAGCAUCUGCAGCUCUGGUUUCUGCUCUCCAAGCCAAGAUUAAUGCUCUGACUUUGGAGAAUCAGCAACUUGUAAGCAAACUCAAGAAACAUCCGUCCCUUCAAGGAGGUGAGGACCUUAAGGACACCAGUCGCCCAAACAGCAUGGCCUCCAACUCCUCCUUCCACUCCACCCAGGAUGAGUUUGAUGCACUGCAACAAGUGGAAAGGGAAGACGGUUCAGGCGGCGUUUCUGUCAGACCGGAUGAAGAAGAGAGUGAAGGAGGGAGAAAAGAGGAAAUCAGACUGUUGCGACAGGCGCUAGAGAACGUUCAAGUGAAACUGCUGGAAACCAGGAAGGAAAACCGAUCGCUUCAGGCCCAGCUGAAACCUGAGCGAGGCAGAGAAAGAGAGGAGGUCGAAAGCAUGGGUCAGAAAGGAAGACAGGAAGGGUUGAUGGAGAGUCUCGCAGAGCUACAAGCAAAGCUGACAGACACUCAGGAGAGAUACCACCAAGCUGUUGAGGAGGUGGAGGAGCUGAGGGUACAGAUGGGAAGAGGAGGUGAGCUGAUGGAGAAAAAGGAAGUCCAGGAACGUUCAUCAUCCACACUUGAACAUGAAGUAAACCAGCUGCGGGCCCUGCUCAUCCAAUCAGGAUCUGAGCAGGAAAAAGCAGCUGAAAGAAUCAGACAGCUGGAAGGAGCGCUCAGUAAGGUGGAGGCAGAAAGACAGUGCGUAAAGGAGAAGGAACAGAAGACUGCACAGAUUGAGGCGCUGUACAACGAGGCACAAGAGGAGAUUAGGAUGCUCCAGGAGGCUCUGCGGGGCACAGUGCCAGUUGAAUCUGCAGCCAAAGACUUUGAAGAAAUGAAAGCUGAGCUAAACGAGGUAACUGCCGGACUGCAGCGCCGCUUGCUGGAACUCUCACACUCCUACAGUGAAACCAAGAGUCAGCUAAGUGCUGCACAGAAACAGCUGGCUGAGAACAGUACAGCCUCAUCUCCCUCCUCAGAACAGCAGCAGGUCCAGGAGCUGAGUAGCAAGGUGGAGGAGCUGCAGACGUUGCUAGCUGAGACAGAAAAGAAGCACUCUGCUGCUCAAGAAGAGAUUUUACUGCUGAGGCAGGAGGCAGAUGCUCAAGCACAGGGCUCUGUGACCCUCGCCGACCACACACAGGUGAUGUCAUCUCUAGGAAAUGCCAUCAAAGAGUUGGAAAGCCAAUCAGAGGACCUGAAAGGGCAGCUACACCAGAAAAUCUGUGAAGUGGAAGCCCUUCAGAACAGGUUGACAGCAGAGAAAGAUGUAACCCCAGAUGAUUCAGUCUCCCGCCUGGAGCAUGACACCACAAGAGAGCAACUUGAGGGUGAGGUGAACCGCCUGACGCAGCUCCUCCAGGGAGCCCUCAGGAAGCAGGAUGAGAUGGCUCUGGAGGCGGCUGAUGCAUGGCAGAAGGCACGGGAGAAUCGUGCAGAGUGGGAGGCCCUGCAGGAGCUGGUGAUGUCGAGGGAGAAGGAGAACCAGACGCUGACCUCGAGGCUGGCUGAGUCCCAGGAUGCUGUGUGUCAGCUCAAACAGCUGGUGGAGAACCACGUUGCCUCAGAGCGAGAGAAGAACAAGAGGAUAGAUGACCUGUCACGCGAGGUGGGGAAGCUGAAAGAUGCCUUAAACAGCCUAUCACAGCUCUCCUAUAGCUCUGGCUCGCCCUCUAAGAGACAGCAGCAAAGCCAGCAGCUGGAGACAAUGCAGCAACAAAUCAAACAACUACAGUACCAGCUAGCUGAGUCGAAGAAGCAGCACCAGGAGAUAGUGUCAGUCUACAGGAUGCACCUCCUCUAUGCUGUCCAGGGUCAGAUGGAUGAGGAUGUCCAGAAAGCCUUGAAGCAGAUCCUGAUGAUGUGCAAGAUGCCAAGCCAAGCAAAGGAGGCCUGCUAAGACCGACUGGGCCUGGUUUCCCAAAAGCAUGUUGUAGACGAAAAUGGGAAGUGAACUGCUGCUGACCCCCACACGUCCUUCCGUCUGAAUUCACACGUUGCUUGUGCUAUGUGCCAACACAUAGUGCCUCUGGAUAAACCUUGAGUAUUUGUUAAUGAGGAACAGGUUUACAAUCAAGUUCAUUGCCUUUGCCAAUGUCAUUUUGACCGACUUGAUCUUAAGAUCAUCAAUCUUACUAUGGAAGAUGGUUUUGGGAAACCCCAGCCCAGCAUACAGAUACUGUACACCAGCCAACAAAUUAAUGAAUCAAGCAAGUGGUUCCAACCAAAUGUAUAAUCUCAAUGUGCAUGUUAACACUAAACUAUCAAUUUGCAGUAACCUUAAAUCACAUGCAGUUGAACAAGCUUAAAAAUGCAAACAUAUAUGUUCUCUGACAUAAAUAUACAUGUGCACACUAAUCAGGCCACUGAAAACUUGAGUUUGAUGUGGUUGGUCUCUGUUACAAUGUGCGCUUAGAGAAAUAGACUUUGUUGGCACUGCUGUUGCAAGUAUCUUUUUCAUGAUACAACAGUGCAAGUAUUAUUUUACCUGUUGUCUAAAGGUUUCAUGGUUGUCAACCUUUUCCCGAUACAAACUAAAUUAUUUGUGCCCGCUUAACAAUGCAUGUGACUUUCCUCAACGCCAUGCCCAAAAAUCACAUCGAAAUGUUUUUGUGGUCGCACUUCAAUGAAGACAAAGCUUGAUACUGUUUGUAUUGCUAUUUUCCUGUUAGCACAAACAUUUAUAAAAAAAUGUAUUUUACUGAAUUGUAAUACCAUGCCAUGUUUUCUAAAAUACUGUACUUUAUUGAUGAGGUUUGAUAGCUGUAUUUUUGAUGGCCUUGUUUUGUGUCUGUUUUGUGUGAAUGAAAAUCCUUUUUCCUUGAGUAUAACGCAUUAUUUGGUCUAGUGACACCUGAAUUAGUUCAUUUUCCUCAUUUAACAUAGAAGGGGUUGAAAAUGAUGUUUACUGUAGUACAAAAA